UGAGACAUUUCCUUUGAAUCUUCGGGGUGAGAAUAUUUUAGAAGUCCGUACAUAUAAACUCUUCGGAAAUUUGAACAAAUCUCCUCUCCGUCCAGCCACGGUUCUACAAUUGGGAUUACAAGGAACCGAAGAAAAGGAAUGAAAAGAAACACAAAGCCCUAAUUUCGCCUUUGAGUCAGCGGCUUCACUUUUCUCUUUACUUCUCUCUACCCGCCGGUUAGACGAAACAUAUCCCCGCGGACGCCCACCUGACAAGUAGCUCCGGCGGCGGCGCGGUUGAUAGAUCCUCGAACGACCACGGGGAGACCCAGAGUGGCACGACUUCUUGAUCUGCAUUGAUCAGAUCUGUUGGCCGGGACUCCGAGCUGCAACCCUGCACCGACGCCCAUUUCUACCAUACGAGGGCUUGAAAGAUAAGUUGAUUUAACUUGUUUUUUUUUCUUUUUUUUUUUCCAUUGUAGCAUCUAUUAAUUAAUCUAGCUGGUCUUACUCUCGUAUACAAUGACAGAUACAGGUGAUACCCAGCCGUCUGAACAAGUCUGUAGCUUCUUCAGAAAACCCACCAAAAACAAAAACAUCAGGAAGCGGACGGUUGAUGAAGACGAAGAGGAGGACUCUAAAGCUGAGACUUCGUUUCUGCUAAACCAGAAGAAAGCCCCCAAGACUGAAAGCAAGCUUUAUUUUUCUUCUGGACCUUCUAAAAAUUCAUUGUCUAAUGAAUCCAAUGUGGAACCUAAUAAACCAAUUUUCCAAUUUGAGUCUUCAAAGGAAAUUCAAGUUCACCAUGAUAGCAGAGCAACUGCAACUCUAGAAACAGAGACUGAUUUCUCAAGAGAUGCACGAGCCAUCCGUGAGAGAGUUUUGAAGCAAGCUGAGGAGGCUUUGAAGGGGAAAGGCAAGAGCUCUGGUGGUGAGAAGUUGUAUAAAGGGGUCAAUGCUUAUGUUGAUUACAAGGCUGGCUUCAGAAGGGAACAUACAAUUUCUAGUGAAAAAGCUGGUGGAGCACAUGGGCCGCUUAGAGCUUCUGCUCACAUAAGAGCAUCAGCGAGAUUUGAUUAUCAGCCUGAUAUUUGCAAGGAUUACAAGGAGACUGGUUACUGUGGUUAUGGAGAUGCGUGCAAGUUUAUGCAUGACCGAGGGGAUUACAAGUCUGGGUGGCAGUUGGAGAAGGAAUGGGAGGAAGUAGAGAAAGCAAGAAAGAGAAAAUUAGCUAUGAAAUCUGAUGAUGGGGAUGAGGAUUCUUCGGAACAAAGUGAUGAAGAUGAAGAAGGUGCAUUGCCCUUUGCUUGUUUUAUUUGUCGCGAGCCUUUUGUGGAUCCUGUUGUGACAAAGUGCGGGCAUUACUUCUGUGAGCAUUGUGCACUAAAGCACCAUGCAAAGAAUAAGAAAUGCUUCGUUUGCAACCAGCCGACGCUUGGAAUCUUUAACACAGCACAUGAGAUACGCAAAAAGAUGGCACAGAGUAAAUAAGUUUUUUUGCCUGAUCUGCAUUAGUCCCAUACCACAGUAUUUCAAUUUUUAGCAUGAUUAUCUCUCUGUAUCUUAUGUCUUCUGUAUCUUAAAAUCAAUAACCUGUUGGAGAAGCUUGGAUAGUAUUUCUUGGUAUGACCAAUGGGAAUGGUCAGUUUUAGAAGUAGUUUCGAUGAAUAGAGAAUGACUGUUCUUUCUGUUAAAGUUCCUUUCUGAAUUGGAUGAUAUCUUUUGUAAAUAGCCAGAGAUACUUCUACUCUACCUGCGUUCCUAUAGCUAGAAAUUCAAGGUAGAUGGUCGGAAGAGAUUGUAAAGCAGGACUUUUUGUUGAACUUAGAAGUGCUUAUAUUGUACCCCAGCCUUAUCAAAUUGUAUAAUCGAGUAUUUAGUUUUAGUUUUA